AUUUGAUUAACAUUAAACCACCGUCUUGAGUAAGAUGUUUUUAUUUGGUGCAUUGAAAGUCUAUCUAAAUAGAAGUCGUCCUGAAUUUUAAGGACGAAAUAAUUGUGGUCAUCCUAUACAAUACGUUGUCUGUAUUCUGUUAAGAAUAUUACUGCUUAAUGAAUAAAAAGUGCUUAAAAGAUGACUGUGAAACUUGUGAUCCCUCGAUUUUCUCCACAUGUACAGCCAAAAUUUACCGAAGAUGAACUUGAGAUAACAGCGUGAUUUAUUCUCCAUAUAUUAUUAACUUGCG